AUGCUUAGAAGUCAAAGCAUAUCCAAUUUGAAUGAACAAAGAAAAUCAAAAAUGGGCUUUCUAAGCUCAUUAAGAUCAAGAAAAUCAUCGUCGAAUGACUUACAUUCAAAGUUAAUAUCAGAACCGUCCAAUAUGCAAAAGAAUAAACCACGACCAUUAUCACUGUCAGUAUCAUCUAUAAACUUGAAUCAGAAGUUUCAUGAACCUACGGAUCAUAGUUCCUAUAGCUCUAAUGUCUCAAGACAACGUCAGGGUUCCAUAUCAACAGAAGAUAAGGAAAACGUAAGCAGUAUACCUAGACUUAAAAGUCGUCGAAAUUUGCAAAAUACUACAGAAAGCAGGACAUUGAAAACGAGAUCUAGUGCCCCAAACUUGAACAAAAGUAAACGUACUUCCAUGUUUACAAACUCAGUUACUGCUACCCCUGUGAUUAACAUUUUCCCUGAUUCAAAUGACAACAUAAUUGAUGAAAGCUCUGUCGAAACUCCUGAGCUCAUAUCGCCUGAAACAAUAACUGAUAUGAAUGACUCAUUGUAUGCGUCCCCAAUACAUCUUGAAUUAAUAGAUGACGAAUUUAGUGACGAAGAUUUGCAAUCAAGAAAGCUCCACAGGACAACAAAUUUAACAAACAUAAAUGAUUUUAUUAGGUUAAUAGAUGAUGGGGAAAAGUAUCAAUCAGGAAAUUACCUACCUAUAAACAAUCGAAAAUCGUUGGAUUUCGAAAAAUUCGAAAGAAACAAAAUAAGGAAAUCAUUACAGACUAACCUAGAUAAGGAAUGUUCUACGAACUUUAUAUCGAGUCUCAACCUUGUGGAGAAUGCCGUAUUUUUGAGUAUUGAAAAGUAUCAGAACUCGCAAAAUGACUUCGUAAACUUUUUGGAAGAUGACGAUUACAUCAAUGCAAUCAAGAAUGACCCUUAUGAUAAUGAAUCCGACGAAUACUACUUGAACUUUUAA